AUAAGCUACAAAGUAUAGCUUGAAUAAUAGAUACAAUUAAUAAAGGAUAACUAGCAAUGAAUUUCAAAUCUUAACUAUCCUUCUACCUCUUAAGCAUUGGUUGCACUUCUGUAAGACGCCCAACAGCAUGGUAGCUUCAAUUGACUCCAAUAAUCUCUCACCUCGAUUGAGAAACCACCUUCUUCCUCUCACAACAGCAUCUCCCUUUGCCUUAGACCCGCGCGUUCUGCUUUUCUUCUUCUUCCCUGCAACCGGCAAGGAAACCCAGCCAAGCCGACAGCACUCCCUUGAGAAAACCGGUAAAAGCUUGGGGAUUUCUCCUUCUUUUCUUGCUCUAGAACACAUCUAGAACCCAGAAACGUUCCCCCCCUGCAGAGAAUAUCCGGAUCGGCUCUGCUCUGUCCGUCCGGUUGCUGCUCUUGCCGGUUUGUGGGUGCAAAUUCCUUUGAUUUUUUGCCCCGUGAGCUUCCCCUACACUGCCGCCGGCCUCCCCCAACUGCAGCUCCGGUUUUUGCUGGAAAAUUCUGGAAGCGAAACCAAGGACGGGGAAACCACGGGAAGUGACGAGUUAGAAGGCCAGCCAUUUCGAGAUUGAUAUAGAUUUUAGAAAUAAAUCAUGCUUUUGUAAGAUAGAUUUUACCUUGAGAUUUUGAGCUUAAGUGUUGGACAUAGAAUUAAUUUGAAAUAUAUUAUAUAAGUUAUU